CGCGGCGAUAAUCGAUGUCUCGAGUCUCGAGGAUGCUCAUUGCUCCACGCUCGAUUUGACGAUGUGCCGCUAGCUCGUAGCAAUUGACGCACAGGCGGUCGUUCACUGAUGGUGUUUCCAAAACUCAUCGUACCGUCGAGUUAGUCGUCGCGAAAUCGCAAAAUGCUGUCCCACUGUGAUAUAUUUCACUUCAAAGUACUUACGUUCGCGUGUCUGCUGGUACGUUUGCCAAACAAUAUAGCAGAGGAAGUAAAAGAAGGUGCCCUUUCACUCACAAGUAAAAAUAUUGACGAAACAUUAGCUGACAAUGAACUGGUGUUUAUCAACUUUUAUGCACAAUGGUGUCGUUUCAGCAACUUAUUAGCACCAAUAUUUGAUGAAGCUGCAGAUAAGGUUAAAGAAGAAUUUCCACAGUCUGGAAAAGUAGUAAUGGCUAAAGUGGAUUGUGACCGCGAAACUUCUGUAGCAUCUAGGUUUCAUAUAACCAAAUAUCCAACGUUAAAAGUAAUAAGAAAUGGUCAACCGACUAAGAGAGAAUACAGAGGACAACGAUCAGUAGAAGCAUUCCAAGAAUUUGUCAGAAAGCAGUUGGAAGAUCCCAUUAAAGAAUUUUCCGACUUGAAAGAGCUUGAACAGCUUGACGAUAAAAAACGUAUGAUUAUAGGGUACUUUGAACGAAAAGAUGUACCAGAAUAUGAAUUGUUCAGAAAAGUUGCCACUAAUUUGAAGGAUGAUUGCCAAUUUUAUGUUGGUUUUGGCACAUGUUCCAAUCAAAACUGUGAAAUUGGUCAGCAUUUACAUUUGCUGAAUGCAAGUAAAGCAAUGCAUCCUCCUGGAGAGCCUAUCAUUGCCUUCCGAUCAGACAAGGCUUUAUCUGUUGAAAUGGAUGAAACUUACAAAGGAAGUUUAUCAGUUUAUGACGAAUUAAAUGUAUGGGCGCAGGAGAAGUGUGUACCAUUUGUAAGAGAAAUAACAUUCGAAAAUGCUGAAGAACUAACAGAGGAAGGCUUGCCAUUUCUUAUAUUGUUUCAUGCUCCUGAUGACUUACAAAGCGUCAAGCAAUACAAAUAUAUCGUAACUAAGUCAUUAUUAAGUGAAAAACAGAAUAUAAAUUUCUUAACCGCCGACGGCCUGAAAUUUGCGCAUCCGCUGCACCAUUUAGGGAAAAGCACAGCAGACUUGCCAUUGAUUGCAAUAGAUAGCUUUAGACACAUGUACCUAUUCAAUGAUUUCAAUGACAUUUUUGUAGAAGGAAAACUGAAAGCUUUUCUACAGGACUUGUAUUCUGGAAAGCUCCAUCGCGAGUUUCACUACGGUCCUGAUAUCACUAACAAUGAAAUGUCAGUUACUGGAAAACAAGUAAAAACGCCUACAACGCCUCCAGAGUCCGCGUUUAAAAAAUUGGCGCCAAGCAAAAAUAGGUAUACAAUAGUUAAGGAUGAACUGUAAUGAGAUCGAGCGCAAUACAGUGGAAUUUUCGUAAUUAAUUUAUAUGCAGUAUACUAAAGAAAAAGUGAAUUGCAAUCGGGGAUUUUCCAACAUUCGAUAUAGAUAUAUAUUAUUUUCGUAGUGCGUUUGUAACGCGAGUCUUCUCAGACCUCGACGAAUCCGUUUUCCUCCACAACUUAUUCCCUCUAUACUUUUCGUGGAAUGAGAUUGAUUUCUUGAUUUACUAACUUGUUAUUUAAUUAAAAAUGUCGAUAGAGAUUAUUUGUUAAUUAUAUAUGAUUUUCACAUCCAUAUAGACAAGAUACAACAUAGCAAUUUAUUUUUUAUAAAAAAAUCUCACGCGUUUGUACGAUUUAUUGUCGGCAAACGAACGACAAAGAACAGAAAGUUCUUUUCUUUUUGAUAAAAUAUGUCUGUGGUUCUGAAAAAGUGAUUUGCUGAGAACAUUUUUAUAUUGACUGUGAAACUUUGCAUCUACCAGUGUCAAUAAUUACGUAUCAGAUUUUUUUACAUAUGUUAUAAAGCAAUCGUGCAAC